AUGAACGUUAACGAAUUGCGGUCCCGGGCUGCGUCUCAGGAACAAGAUCCCUGUACAUUGUCCAAUUACCGUGGUUUCGAGGUAGUGCAGUCUUCAUUGGACUUGAAUGUUUCGUUCGAAAAGAAAAAUGUGUCGGGAACAGUAACUUAUGAAUUGAAAAAUCUCAAGUCGACAACUGAAGUUGUUCUUGAUACUUCGUUUUUAGACAUUGAACAAGCUUUUGUGGAUGAAAAGGCUGUGGACUUCAAACUUGAAGCUAGAAAAGAGCCUUUUGGGUCUCCUUUGGUGAUAAAACUUGCAAAUGUUGUAGAAAAGUUGAAAAUUUCAAUCAAAUUCGCUACCACUGAAAAUUGCAGUGCACUUCAAUUUAUUGACAAAGAAGCCACAGACAGUAAGGUUUGCGACUAUUUGUUCUCACAGUGCCAGGCUAUUCAUGCUCGUAGUUUGUUUCCAUGUUUCGACACUCCAGCGGUGAAAAGUCCUUAUUCAUUUCAUGUCAAAUCACCUUCAUACACCUUGAUGUCGGGAAGACCAGUCGAGUGUUCUGAGGAAAAUACUUACCGAUUUGAACAACCGAUUCCAAUUCCUUCUUAUCUCGUUGCAAUUGCUUCUGGUAACUUGGCAGGAGCGCCCAUUGGACCUCGUUCGACUGUGUAUACUGAACCUCCAAACUUAAAAGCGUGCCAGUGGGAAUUUGAAAAAGAUAUGGAAAACUUUUUGGUUGUUGCUGAGGACCUCAUAUACAAGUAUGAAUGGCUCAAGUAUGACGCAUUGAUUCUUCCGCUGAGUUUCCCUUAUGGAGGAAUGGAGAAUCCCAACAUAACUUUUGCAACACCUACUCUUAUCAGCAAAGACAGGUCGCAAGUCAAGGUGAUGGCUCAUGAGCUCGCGCACUCAUGGUCAGGAAACUUGGUUACCAACUGUACUUGGGAACAUUUCUGGUUAAAUGAAGGUUGGACGGUGUACUUGGAACGGCGUAUUCUUGGAGGAGUGGCCAGCUACGAAGCUAAGCAGAGAGGUGAAAAGGAUUACGUUGAUGCUGGUGAAAAAGUCAGACAUUUUGCAGCCAUUCUUGGUUGGAAUGAUCUUGUCGAUACAGUCAAAACAAUUCCAUCUCAGUAUACCCGGUUAGUAUGGGACUUGAAGACUGUCACUCCUGAUGAUGCGUUUUCCAAAAUACCCUACGAAAAAGGGUUUAGUUUCUUGUUUUAUCUCGAGACGGUAUUGGGUGGGACCGACGAAUUUGACCCAUUCAUGAAACAUUAUUUCAAGAAAUACCGCUACAAAUCGCUCGAUUCUUACCAGUUUAUCGAUACUCUUUACGAGUUCUUUGAACCAAAGGGUAAAAAAGACGUUUUGGAUUCGGUAGACUGGAAUACCUGGCUCUAUGGAGAAGGAGUUCCUCCUUUUACUCCAAAGUACGAUACUCGUCUUGCGGACGAAUGUUACCAUUUGAGAGACAAAUGGGCUGCUUAUGAGCAAAACAAGGGUCAAUUCAGUGCUUCUGAUAUUGAACACUUUGAAGUAAACCAGCAUUUAUUGUUUCUUGGUACCUUGACUGAAUUGUUCAGCAACAAGAAACCAGCUCCAGAAGUGUACGAAGAACUCCGCAAAGUAUACCAUCAGUACUCCGAGGCAAGCAAUUGUGAGAUUAUUGCCAGCUGGAACGAUCUUCUUCUCAAAUCUGAAAAUUUCAAGCCACUGGACAAAAUUGUUCAAAAUUUUGCAACCUGGCUUGGUACAGUGGGAAGAAUGAAAUUUGCUCGACCAGGUUACAAACUUUUAAAGGAUUACGUUGACAAGGAUCUUGCAAUUGCCACAUUCAGGAAAUUUGAGUCCCGAUAUCACCCCAUAUGCAAAGCAAUGGUCAGAAAAGAUUUGGGUCUUGAUAGCUAG